UCUGGCGCAUGCGCAAUGCCAUCGUCAUGUUUGAAGCCGCACAAUGGGCGGAGAUCUCUGCUGUUUCCUUCCAAAAAAUCAACUGAGGAUCUACCCACGGGAAACGGUUCCCAAGUAGCGGAUUUCGAGCGACAUGCCAGGACAUAAAGUGAUGUAUUUGCUGUUUGAGAGGAUUUCCCCGCUGAAGGAUUUACUCCAGCAGUGUCUGAUCUGUCGAUUAUAAUAUUGUUCAUACAUGUUGCACCGGUGCCGUCCACAAUCCCUCCUUCAUACUUCCAGCGGCCUUUUGCAUCCCACAUCCCUUCAGGAUUUUUCUUUAGAUUAACAAGAGCUAAAACUCGGUUUUCUGGCCAGUAUUUGUGUGUUUAUGUGUUGUCCUGAGCCGUGGUCCUUCUCAGCAAAGUCAUGGAGCCCAACAUGGAGUACAUAGUGGCGCAGGUCACGCAGAAAGAGGUCGGACGUCGGUUUCAAGUCGGGCCGGAAAUCAUAGACUACAUCCUGGACAGACAGAAGUCACAUGACCUGGAGCACGAUCAGAGCAUGCUGGACAGGAUGGUGGACAGUCUGGCAACCUCAUGGGUCAACGCGAGCAAUUUCAAGGUGGCGCUGCUGGGAAUGGACAUAGUAUCUGCUUUAGUGACCAGACUACAGGAACGCUUCAAAACACAAAUAGGAACAGUUCUGCCCAGUUUAAUUGAUCGUUUAGGUGACUCUAAGGACCAGGUUCGGGAUCAAGCGCAGUCGCUUCUGUUAAAAAUCAUGGACCAAGCGGCCAAUCCGCAGUAUGUUUGGGACCGAAUGCUGUCCGGAUUCAGACAUAAAAACAUCCGGAGCAGAGAAGCUGUUUGCUUUUGCCUUAUUGCCACUCUUAAUGUAUACGGAGCUCAGGGUUUAACCCUUAGCAAGAUAGUUCCUCAUAUCUGUCAUCUGUUAGGAGACCCAGCGAGUCAGGUUCGGGACGGUGCGAUGAACUGUCUGGUGGAGAUUUACAGACACGUGGGGGAGAGAGUGAGGGUGGAUCUGGGGAAGAAGGGGCUGCCGCAGUCACGACUGAAUGUGAUCUUCAGCAGGUUUGAUGGUGUCCAGAGGUCUGGGAACAUGAUUCUGUCCUCAGAUAAGAGCAUCGAUGAUGACGAAUCGGUGGAUGGAGGUCGUUCCUCGUCGACCUCUAAAGGAGCGUCAUCGGUGCGGCGGACAGGAUCCAUGCGCAGACCGAGCUCUGCGUCCAGCACCAAGAGCUCAGGUAAGGAGAGCUCUGGUGCCGGUGCUGUUGAUGAAGAAGACUUCAUCCAUGCCUUUGAAGAUGUGCCAGCCGUACAGAUUUACUCACCUCGAGAGCUCGAGGACUCCAUGAACAAGAUCCGAGAAAUUCUGUCCGAUGACAAACACGAUUGGGAACAGCGAGUAGCUGCACUGAAAAAGGUUCGUUCUCUGCUGUUGGCCGGCGCGAGCGACUACGAUGUUUUUUUGCAGCAGUUACGGCAGCUGGAGGGGCCGCUCAAACUCUCGGCUAAAGAUCUGCGCUCGCAGGUGGUGCGCGAGGCCUGUAUCACACUCGGAAUAUUGGGAGUCAGAGUGGUGCUCCCAGGCCGAAGGCUUCUAAACAGAAGGCAGAUCUGUGGACUGUCAUUCUCGCUGGAUAAUCUGGAGAGACUGAUUCCCCUAGGAGACUAUUUGGCAAAAGUGGCUACCACGUUCAGCGGUCAGCCUUGUUUUAACGGGGUGAUUCUCACUCUGGUGGGCCCCGAGCAGGCUCUGGUAAUGGAACAAGAAGUAAACACUCUCUUAAGGAAGGGGGCCAUUGAGGUGGUCCCUCCUCUCAACAGAGUUUCCGGGUUCUACAGCCGGUACUUCAUCGUUCCGAAGAAUGAUGGAGGGUUGCAUCUGAUUUUAGAUCUGCGUCAGUUGAACCACUCAGGCCCUGUCCACACAAACGCGGAUUCGACCAUGAUGCAGGCACGUUUGUCUCCUGCUUGGAUCGAGUUGAUCCUCACUGCAAUCGCGAGAGUGAAAGAAGGCCGGUCACUCACUGUUAAGCACUUUCAGAAACUGCUGGGUCUGACGGCAGCUGUGUCCAACUUUAGCCGAUUCUUGAAGAUGGCUAAGGACUCAGCUGCUGGGAUUGAGUCUUUUGUUUGUUUGUUUCCUCUUCAGCACACUCACUAUCCACGUCUGAUUCCCAUCAUGACCAGUAACUGCACUUCUAAAUCAGUGGCGGUCAGACGACGCUGUUAUGAGUUUUUAGAUCUUCUGCUUCAGGAGUGGCAGACAAAUUCUCUCGAGAGGCACGUCGCUGUCCUGAUAGAAACCAUUAAGAAAGGAGUUCAUGAUGCCGACUCUGAGGCCAGAUCAGUCGCUAGGAAAUGUUACUGGGGUUUCCACGCCCACUUCAGUAAGGAGGCGGAGCAUCUGUUUCAGGCGCUGGAACUGACCUAUCAGAAGGCGCUCCAGUCUCACCUGAAGAGCUCCGACAGCAUCAUGUCUCUGCCGCAGUCCGACCGCUCGUCCUCCAGCUCGCAGGAGAGCCUCAAUCGGCCGCUGUCUGUUAAAACACCUGGGAGCAACUUGAGCAAAACUAAAGUGGUGAGUUCUCGCGCAUCCUCUUCGUCCGGCUCUCUCCAGCGAUCGCGCAGUGAUGUGGACGUGAACGCCGUGGCCAGUGCCAAAUCACGAAUGCCUGCUGUUGCUGCUACCGCCCCCUUCAGCUCAGCCGCGGCACUGCCGCCCGGAUCCUACGCCUCUCUGGGUCGUGUGCGAACAAGACGACAGAGUUCAGAGACGGCAGCUGGGGGCGGAGCUUCUGUGACUGACAGUAGGGGGCGGAGCCGAGCCAAAGCUGUGUCCCAAUCACAGCGAUCCAGAUCAGCUAAUCCGGUGGGGGGUAAAACUCAUGCGGGCAGCCGCUCUAGUUCACCUGGGAAGCUCUUGGCUCGCUCUUCCAUGAGAAUCCCUCGAUCCGCCGGAUCCGCUGGAGCGCCGACGGACAAACGCAGUAAGAUCCCACACAGUCAAGGCUGCAGUCGAGAGACGAGCCCCAGCCGCGCGCGAGACGUGCGGGCCAGUCGUAUCCCGCGGCCCAGCAUGAGUCAGGGCUGUAGUCGUGACACCAGUCGGGAGAGCAGCAGAGACACCAGUCCAGCUCGAGGGUUCAGUCCGCUGGAUCGGUUCGGUCUCAUCCAUCAGGCCAUGCGGAUCUUGAACACGGGCACAGAGGUGGAGGCGGCCGUGGCAGACGCUCUGCGGAGGCCGAUGCGGCGGCGCUACGAAUCUCCCGGCACUCACAUCACAACACUAACAGCUAACAACCACACAUCCAGCUCCGAACGCUCCAACACCCCCCAGCUCAACGGCGCCGCCCCGCAUUACCUGCGUCAGACGGAGGACGUGGCCGAGAUCCUGAACCACUGCGCCAGCUCCAACUGGUCCGAGAGGAAAGAAGGGCUGCUGGGACUCCAGAGCCUCCUGAAGAGCCAAAGAGUGCUCAGUCGCGUGGAGCUGAAGAGACUGUGUGAGAUCUUCACUCGGAUGUUUGCAGAUCCUCACAGCAAGAGAGUGUUCAGCAUGUUCCUGGAGACGCUGCUGGACUUCAUCACGCUGCACCGAGAGGAUCUUCAGGACUGGCUCUUCAUUCUUCUCACGCAGCUGCUGAAGAAAAUGGGGGCCGAUCUUCUGGGCUCCGUUCAGGCCAAAGUUCAGCGGGCCCUCGACGUCACCAGGGACUCUUUUCCGUACGAUCAGCAGUUCAACAUCCUGAUGCGGUUUAUCGUGGAUCAGACUCAGACCCCAAACCUCAAGGUGAAGGUGGCCAUCCUGAAGUACAUCGAGUCUUUGGCCAGACAGAUGGAUCCGUCAGACUUUGUGAACUCCAGCGAGACUCGGUUAGCCGUCUCUCGAAUCAUCACGUGGACCACAGAGCCGAAGAGCUCAGACGUCAGGAAGGCUGCUCAGAUGGUUCUGAUCGCCCUGUUUGAGCUGAACACCCCAGAGUUCACCAUGCUGUUAGGAGCUCUGCCCAAAACCUUUCAGGACGGAGCCACUAAACUCCUGCACAACCAUCUGAAGAACAGCAGUAACGCUGCUGCAGUGUCUCAGGCGUCUCCCAGCGGCAGCAGCAGUGUGGGACGCACCCCUCCACGACACCCGGUGACCCGCAGCAGCCCGCUGAACUCACCCACCAACGGCUCACACGGGGGUCUGUCACCCAGUCGUUUGUGGGGCUGGAGCUCAAAGCCUUCUUCUAGCCUCCCUCCUCCCCACCCUGGCCCUGCCACCCCCCCUCUCCGGGCCUAUCGGAGGGCGUUUUCGCCCAGUAUGCUGGAGUACGACACCGAGAACAUGAACUCAGAGGAAAUCUUGAGCUCGUUGAAAGGUGUAACCGAAGCCAUCCAGAGCUUCAGUUUCCGCAGUAAGGAAGACAUACUCGAGCCCAUCAAACAUGAUGGCAAGAGGGAAGAUACGACCGGUGUGGAUCCACGUGUAUCAGCUGGUGUGAUGGAAGGAGGCCGGAUGGCGCUGGACAACAAGACGUCAUUAUUAAACACACCGUCCCCUCGAUCGUUCAGCGGCCCAUGGGCUCGCGAAUACAACCACAGCGACUCCAUCAGCGCCUACGAGAAAGGAGCGCUCGCCAUGUUUGAUGACAUGGAGCACAUCCCAGAUGGUCGUCCACAGGACUGCGGAGAAAACAAAAUCCUGCAUCCGAAAGGUUAUUCUGCAGGACCCGGGCCACACCUGGAGAUGAUUGGUGAUCUGCUGAAGGAGCUGUCCAAUCACAGCGAGCGUGUGGAGGAGAGGCGGGCCGCUCUGCUGGAGCUGCUGAAGGUCACGCGUGAUGACAGUCUGGUCGUGUGGGAGGAGCAUUUCAAAACCAUGCUGCUGCUGCUGCUGGAGACGCUGGGAGACAAAGACCACACCAUCCGAGCGCUGGCUCUGCGUGUCCUGAAGGAGAUCAUGCGCAGUCAACCGGAGCGCUUCAAGAACUACGCAGAACUCACCAUCAUGAAAACCCUGGAGGCCCAUAAAGACUGUCACAAAGAGGUGGUGCGGGCGGCAGAAGAAACGGCGUCCACGCUGGCCGGAUCCAUCCACUCUGAGCAGUGCAUCAAAGUCCUGUGUCCCAUUGUCCAGACGGCCGACUAUCCCAUCAACCUCGCCGCUAUUAAAAUGCAGACCAAAGUAAUCGAGCGCAUUCCCCAGGAUUCCCUGAUUCCACUCCUGCCCGACAUCAUCCCGGGACUCUUACAGGGUUAUGAUAACACAGAGAGCAGCGUACGCAAGGCCAGUGUGUUUUGUUUGGUGGCCAUUUAUUCUGUCAUCGGUGAAGAUCUGAAGCCUCAUCUGCAGCAGCUGACCGGCAGCAAGAUGAAGCUGCUGAAUCUGUACAUCAAGCGAGCUCAAACCACCAACAGCACCAGCAGCAGUUCUUCAGAUGUCUCGUCUCACAGCUGAAUCACUCCUCCAUGCGUCCUCAAGCUCUCCCCCAUUAUUUUGCACAUUUGCGAGUAGAUCUCUAGCUGCACGUGAUUCAGUGAACAGGUGCAAACACUUACAACAUUCAACUAGAGCCCGCUGAGGUUUGUGCUUGGCUGCGUUUGUCCAACAUACUGUGUGUGUGUGUGUGCGCAGCAGUCGUGCCUCUGUGUGUAAGAGAAACUGUUUUUAUUGCUCUUUUACUGUUGCUGUGGCGUUUAUCGUCCUUAUAUUCAAAGCACACAUAGUGUUCUGUCCGAUCAGCCAAUCAGAAGUCGUCUUACCUCUCUUUAGUGAAUGUAACGCCCAUUUUUACGUCUUUAACGCCGCUGCCUCAAGUUCUCUAGGAUGCUCUUUUAGUGACAAGAAUCAUUUUUGGGCAUUUAAGAAUAUGCAAGAACCGAGAUUGUAUUUUGUACAGUAUUUGUUUUAUUUCCGGCCAACAGGCGAAGAGCUUUUGACUGUAAGAAUGAUGAAUAUUAGCGCAAAUUUAGUUCGAAAUCUCACAUUCCAGCGCCGCACAGAAGAGCCACGAUUAGUCAUCAACACUAACAUGGAGAUUUAUGAUAAAUAUCUCCUUUUCUUUUUAUUUAAGGACCACAUUCAUGUUUUUUGCGUACAAAAUAUACAAUCUGAUAAUCUGAGAUAUAAAUAAUUCAGUGAGAAAGUAUUAGAAUAUUCCUCAGAAAUGAUCCAAAACAAAACUGAAUCAUUACAUUAAAGAUUCACUUACACACACAUACACUAAAUUUAUGAUAUAAAUCAACAUAAAAGCAGAAUUCUAAACUUUUUAGAGCGAUAAUUGUAACUAAAAAUAAUCCAAAUUGGAUUUUUACUAGUUAAAUUGCUGUUUUAACCCAGUUGUUGUGGUUUAGGGAGGUUUGCGCCUGUUUGUGCCGUUUAAAGUGCUAAGUUAGUCUUUUUGUACCCAGUUUUAAAUCUUGGUGCUUAAAUGAAUCACUCUGUGCUUUUGCUGGAUGUUUAACUUCAGAUUUAAUUCCUUUCCCUGCUUUGAUUUUAAAGGCCUUAUGAAAAGAAAGUCACAUUAUUCAGUCUUGUUAGAAAUCCCAAAGAACAUUCCACACAAAAAAAAAAGGUGUUUUUGUGGAGUGAAUCAUCUACAAUCCUUCUAGUGAUGAUUCAUUUAGAAUAAAAAAGAGAAUGUAUUUUAAACGUUUCUUAUUUAGAAGAUUUCUGGACUCCACAUGGUUAAGGCGGUCGAUUCACACAGAGCUGAAGAACUGAUUCAGUGUCUUUCACUACACAAACGUCACUACUGUUCACUUCAUUAUAUGUGAAGCUGAGAGAAUCAAAUAUGAUAUUUGUAAAUACUUUAUAGGGCACUACUUACAGACCUGCUUGAAUCUUUAAUUCCGUUUGACAAGAGCAACUCAGAUCAUUGAGUUAACCCCUAGUUAACUGGAUGAAGUUGUUUAACUGAAGGGAAUUGUGCAUCAACGCUUUGCUAAUGGCGGUAGAUUGAGACAUAGAGCUUCACGUGUUUAAUAUCCACGUCUGUAUUUAUUUGACACUGCGGCUGUAUAUAUGACCUGGUUUUGUUCAUGUUCACCUGUGUAGAAUUUGCUCUAGAUAAACCAAACCUGAGUUUUCCA